GUUGCAAUUGAGACUUUUCACAGCACCUAGACCUAAACACUUGUCAGGGCGUCGUAGAGUCGCCAUUUGAAGCUGUCAUUUGUGGAAUUCAAUAAAAGAGACGACCUGUGUGAUGUGUCUCGGUGCGCCGAGGCCGCCGAGAAAGCUUCUUCGAUUAAAAGUGGCCCUGUGAUAACCACAAAAAUGUUUUAUUAGACAAAAUUAUCUCUCUUUAGCAUCGCGUGCUAUUCAACAGCGACGAGAUGCAGGAUCUAUAUUUUUUUAGCGCCGCAGUGUCGGCGAUCAUUGUUUUCCUUAUCACGUUUAUCGUGGUUGUGUUUAAUAGCAUUGCGUGGGUGUUCAUUGUAGCCGGUAUUUACGUGAUUGCCAGUCUUUACGCCGUUCAGCUGGUGCAAUGCGUCGACAGUUUGCUGACGAGGUUCAAUAUAAACGACAAGUUUACCACGAGAUACGAAGUUAAGGAUUCGUGCAGUGUCUGCAGCAAGAACACCUGUAAAAGGCACAAAUUGCUGCCGCAUUCAACCAAGGUCAAAGUACCGAAGGACUUUGACCACGCAUUGGAGCAACUUCUGGAGGAUGUACUGCAAAUUUACGUCUGCACAUGGUACUCGGAUUUCUCGGCGAACGAGGCUUUCGUACAACAGUUACGUUUAGCUAUAACAACAGCGGCGAAGAAUAUCGCCAUUCGAUUAUUACGUGCAAACACAGCGACCAUCGCCUUCGACGGCUUGAUUCCCCUGGCCAUACAACACGCUCAAGAUUGGAAUGCACUGCUCAAAAUGUCCAAGUCUGAAGUGAAAACGCCCCAAGAUUACAUCGGAAAUUGCUUGAGCUCCAAAAUUCAUCCAGCUGCCUAUUCAAGGGAAGCUGAGUUGAAUUAUUUACGGGGAUUAGUCACCGCGCUGCUACCGCACUUAUUACCCGCCAUACAUGUCUCGACAAACAAUAAGGUGAUACUUCGAGAAAUUUUAGCAAAUUGGGUGCUCUUACCGGCAAUUGAUGCGCUCGCGGAUCCAGAAAAUAUAAAUAUGCUAGUGACAUUAUCCACUCACCGUGACACUACUCUAUCUAACGCUGCAGAGAGCAUUAGCGUACCGAUAUUGCAAUCUUGGGUGACAAAUCCAGCGAUGCAUUCACAUAUCACGCACAGUUGCUUCAAACCAUCUUUAAAUGAAAUCCUGAAUGAUCCUGAGCUAUUAUAUAUGUUUAUGCAGCACAUCAAAGAAUCAGGACCCAUGAAUCUUUUCCAAUUUUGUUUAGAUAUUGACGAUCUCAGUAAACGUAUGUUAAAUCCGGAAAUGUCAACUAGUGCUGAAAAAAGCUUAUACACAGAUGUUCGAAAUAUGUACACGGUAUAUCUUGAUCCUGAUGGCUCAGAAUAUUUAUAUUUACCGUUGCAUAUAUCGAAAGGCAUACGACAAAUACUGGAAGGUGGGCCAGAAAAAAUUCAAGAAUUGCGGACAUCACGGCCUUUUUAUCAAGCUCAUCAAGAAGCACACGCGCUUCUAGAAAGUACUUGUCUACCAUCAUUCCAUCAUAGUUACCAAUUAUAUAAACUCUUGUGCGGUCACUUGUCAGAACAAACAAAAGCUACUGCAGCAGCUAAUAGUGCGAGUGGAGGUACAUCUACUCCUAUGCGAUUCAAUAAUCAACUACAAGGCAAGGUCGAUGGUGUUUUACGCCCAACUACAAUCGACGGUACGCCGUUUCAACUGCAUGACGCCUACCCGGUCGAAGAAGUAGAUUGCACAGCUCGAGCGUAUAACGAAAUCAAAGGCUUCGGCGAUAAGAGUCAUCGCGACUUAACGACGUGGCGAGUCGCCGUCCCACACGUGGACGGCGGUGGCACGCAACCGGUGUACAUGAUUGCCGUUCACAGCGUAGCGGAGGCUAAAUCGUGGACGGUCUUGCGGCAGGAUCAAGAUUUCUAUACGCUGCGAACGCGACUCGCCGAAUUCCACGGUGACAAGGAAUUAAAUGACUCGCCGUUACCGUCGCGCAAAAAUCCACACUUGUCCCUCACGGCUAACCGUCAACGUUACGAGGAAUUUCUGCAGAAGUUGUUGUCCAAACCGAUGCUGAGAAGCAGCGAGCUCCUCUACACCUUCCUCACGACGCCAAACUUGAAACCGUAUUUCGCAAACUAUAGCACACCUGACAUUGGCAUUCUGUAUCAGAGCAUGGCUUACAAAUUGCGGAAGGAGAAGGGGCAACAUCUCGAUAAAUUCAUGAGCACUUUCUUGGCGUCCACGAACACGAAAUACGAGCACAUGGAUAUGGGUGUCGAGCCGUCGAGCGAGCAUCUCGGCGAAACGGAGAGCAAAGGUAGAAAGCUGAUAGACGAGGUAUUCGGCAAUAAUUUAAAUCUUCCAGUUACUUUCCAAAAUUUGCCGUGCAGUCUACCGCAGCGGGAUCACAUGAAAGGUGCAAGUUUAUGCAUCGUUGAAGCUCUUGAUGGUCUGCUAACUGUACCUCCGAUUAUUUCGCGACUUUUCUGGAUGUUUGCCUUUUUAUCGCGUAAAAGACUAGAUCCUAUUGUGAAUGCGGUGUUCUACAACACUCUAGUUAAGCUUCUGAGUGGUGGCCGCGCUUCCAUCGUCGUCAAGCUUCUGCACGCGAAAAUAGUGGGCAAAAAUUACAUGAAGGACUUUCCUUCGCAAGGAAAAGGUCGAAAUUACUACGAAACGGCGAAGGAGGGGCUACAUUCCUUGUGGUGGUUAAUGGGAUUUUCCAAGCCUUGGAACAAUCUCAUGGAUUCUCUCUUAGACCCUUUACAAAACGCGCCAUUCAAUAAGCAUCUGGCGUAUCUUUUACUAGAUCACCUCCUAGUAAAUCUUUUUCCAGAAGUGACUGCAUAAUGUCACUCAUUAACGAUUAUAAAAACGAAUAGUUGUAUAUAAUAUUAAUUCUAUAAAGCUAUUUGCAUAUACAUAUAUAUAUAUACAAUAUAAAUAUUUCUUG